AUGUUCAAACCGCGCAUGCUAGCGCCUUUCCGGGCGCUGGAGCGAUCCUUCACUUCGAUCCGGUCGACGCACUCGCUCGCCCAGCCGCAAUCCGUCCUGCGAACACUCUCCGCAUCCACAUUCCCGAAACCCCAAACACCCUCCAUCUCCCGCUCGCUCCUCCCAUUUUCACAAGUGCGUUACGCCUCACACGCCUCCCAAGGAACAGCCAAUCGACACUCCCGUGAUCCUGCCGGCAAGCGUCUCGGAGCGAAGCGCUCAGGCGGCGAAUACGUGGUUCCGGGAUGUAUCAUCUUCCGUCAACGUGGAUCUCUCUGGUUCCCCGGUGAAAACUGCGGUAUGGGCCGCGAUCACACCAUCUAUGCUACGCAGGCUGGAUAUGUUCGCUACUACCUCGAUCCAGAGAAGCAUUCCAAGCGCCGCUUCAUCGGAGUUGUUUUUGAUAAGGAGGAGCAGCUCCCUCACCCGCGCAAUGCGCCCAACCGCCGCAAGCUUAACAGAGUUACUGUGCCUAUGCAGGAGCGUGUCGAGCCUCAAUCCGAUCUGACUGCCUCUGUUGAUGCGGACGGUGUUCGUGUUGAAGAUGUCAAGGCCGUCGAGGCCGUCUUUGGCCCCCAAUUGCGUCCUGGAUAUAUGUACCGUGAGGCCAACUGGGAGAUCGGUCGCUCUGCGGAGCGGGCUGGUAUUACCUCUAUGGGAUACGAUCGUCGUGACCGUUGGACGGCGUGGAGAAAGCGUCAGCAACGAGCUGAGCGGGCUGCCCAGAUGAAGAGUCUGAAGGGCAAGAAGAAGGCCGGCAAGAAAUGA